AUGUCAGUAUCAACACUUGAAACGAGACUGUCAAAAGUUUCAAUAGGUGAGGCCAACACGGGCGCGCAAUUAUUAGCCCAGCAGCCAAUUAAGUUAAACCCAGCUAGAAGUAAUGUAUCAUCAUCGACUACCACAAAUCGAUCAAUUCAUGGUCAACAAACUAGACAAAAUCUUAAGAUUCACACAUCUUCCAUUCGUCCCCCAUCUCCUAAAAGAACAUUUAAUAACAAGGCUUCCACGGUCUCUCAUUCCACUUCAAGCAUUGCUCAUAAAUCUAUAAUAAGAGAUUCAGGCUUUUCCAAACAAAUUAAUUUGCAAGAUUUAAAUUCCUCAGUUAGUCCAGCCCCAACCCAGGUUAGACAUUUUACAUUGAACGAUUUUGAAAUUGGGAGAAAGCUCGGCAAAGGAAAAUUUGGAAAAGUUUAUUGUGUUAAAGAUAAAGCUACAGGAUAUGUUUGUGCACUUAAAGUUAUGUCGAAAAAAGAACUCAUUGAGUACAAGGUAGAAAAGCAAUUCAGGCGUGAGAUUGAAAUUCAAUCUAAUCUUCGGCAUCCUAAUAUAUCACGACUAUAUGGCCAUUUUGAUGAUGACCAAAACGUUUAUUUGUUAAUCGAAUAUGUGGCCAAAGGAGAGCUUUUCAAAGUUCUUAGAAAAAAGGGAACCUUUAAUGAUGUCCGAGCUUCAAAAUAUAUUUAUCAAAUGGCAGAUGCUUUACAAUAUCUUCAUAAGAAACAUGUCAUUCAUAGAGAUAUCAAACCUGAAAACAUUCUUUUGGGACUCGAUGGAAAUAUUAAAAUUUCUGAUUUUGGAUGGAGUGUCUAUGCUCCUGUUUCAAGAAGAACCACAAUGUGUGGAACUUUAGAUUACUUACCUCCAGAAAUGGUUGAAGCUAAGGAACAUGAUUACCGUGUCGAUGUAUGGUCACUAGGAAUUUUAACAUAUGAGUUCCUGGUCGGGAGUCCACCAUUUGAAGAACCAGGACACGUUGCCACAUACAAGCGCAUUUCUAAAGUUGAUUUAAAAAUCCCAACAACUGUAUCCCCUGAAGCAGCUGAUAUUAUCAAAAGAUUCUUACAGCAUUCUCCAGAAAAACGAUUUCAAUUAGAUAGAGUUGGCGAACAUCCAUGGAUUAUUAAAAAUAGACCAUUUUGGAACUCUGUUGAGCAUUUAGGGUAG